AUGGUUUGCUGUUCGCUCCUCCUCACUUGUAUUCUCCUGUCGCUUAUCCAAUAUACCUCUGCCGCCAUCCCGCCAAAACUCUACCUGAGUGACAGUCGCGAUGACACCAACGUCCGGACACAAAAUGGCUUUUAUUGCGGGCACCAACCCAAGGGCAUGCACUACCACGAACACGAUGUUCUCGCUGGAACCCCGUACGUGUCGGCAUCGGGGAACAAGAACGUCGCCAUAAAAUACGCAAAGACGACCGUGGUCGGAUUCAAACUAUAUUACGUCUACCACGUCCGCACCAAGGGGCUCGCGCCGGGCGUCAUCCAGAGCGUCGCAGCCAGGUACGAAGCCCAAAACCGCGAAUACCCUUAUCCCGACGAGGACGAGUAUGCCGUGACGGGCUGUGUGCCUUGGGACAACCAAUCUCUGCAAAAUUUGAGGGCGUACUUUUACAGCUAUCCCUUGCCUUGCAGGUGGGUUCUCACUCACGGCUGCAUCCCUGAGCAGGCUAGAAACUUUUGCAAGGACGAGGACGAGGACGAUCGGUCUGCGUCGGUGUGGGCUGGACCCGGUAUUUGCCGCUUCUUUUGUCUACGUUUUCUGUAG